AUGGAUGGAAUGGACAUGUUUAAGGGGAUGGUGCAUCUAUAAUCAGUCUGUCCUAUAGGGCUCACCAACGACCUUUUAGUGACCUCGUCUGCCAGAGGCUGCUGUCACUUUAAAACUGUCCUGAGAGAGGAGCCCGUGUCCUUCCAGAGAGGGAGAGAGAGGGAGAUAGCCCUGAGCCCCGAUCCUCCUCUUUCUGCAUGGCCGAUCUGAUGCUCUUUAAAGAGACACUUCAUGACACAAGGACCUGCACAGUUUGUUUUGAAGACUUGGGAAAGGGACGGUCCCGGGAGGAAUUGAGCCCAAGUUGAGGUUGCAGGCAGGAUUAAUGCCAUAAACAGGAGAGCAGCCCGGAUCCGCAGCCCAUUAUCCAGUCCCGGGUUACUGACACUGGGGAAAGCUCCCCCAAGGCACAGGCACAGUUCUGAGCAGCCAAUGUCCUGUCCUGGCACCGACUCCCCAACCUACCGGGAUCUAGUGACUGGCACCCUGUCAGCCUGACAUGCCGGGACACCACAGGCUCUGCAAGUCUCACAUACCUGGACUGGUAGCCUAACAUACCGGGACUGCAAGCCUAACAUACCGGGACUGGUAGCCUAACAUACCGGGACUGCAAGCCUAACAUACCGGGACUGCAAGCCUAACAUACCGGGACUGCAAGCCUAACAUACCGGGACUGCAAGCCUAACAUACCGGCACUUGCAUUGGGACAAGCCGUGACAGACCCAGUGGUCAGCAGCCAAACUUCGCUGGACAAACCCUGAGAGCUGCAAGUCUGACACCUACUCCUGGAUCAGUUGCAUUCAUUUGCAAAGCUGUCACCCCAACCCAGAAGAAAGGAUUGGCGGUCUGACAGCCCCGGACAUUCGGGGGGAUUAGCAGUCUGACAUCCCGGGGCAGAUCUGGGACAGCAAACCUGAAGCGAGACUCAUAGGCAGGACAAGCUGGUAUUACAGGCGAAAGCGUGGGCUAGGCAGUCGGGACUCGGACUCAGGGGCUGCACCUUGUCUCUAACCCAGGCACAGACAGGGCGAGAGGAGGUCAAAUACCCGGGGAUAAACGGGACGGUUUGACUUCUUGGGCCAGAAAGGAACAGCACGCAGCCAGCCAAGGUCAGACACACUGGACAGGGAGGAGUAGCAGUGGCCCUUUGGCCCCUAACCCUGCCCCGGUACCAAACAGUAGGGCAUCUCCCUCCAGAGGCAGCUGAGCGCUGAGGUGUCACCCAGCUGACUGAUAAGAACGGUGGGAAGGAAAGAGAAUCAGUUUGUAGAAACUUUCAGUUUCUCCCGAUGAGCUGUGGAGAUUGCUGGCUGUCCGGGCGUCUCAUACUGGGAACAGUUGUGUGCAGCCACUAGGGCCUUGGGACAGAAAUCUGGAAUCCGGACUGGUUCAUUAACCGCAAUCCCAGUCGGACUAAGUUUCCCUGAACUCGAUCUGAUCAGGUCCUGGAUGAGCAUGGGAAUGUAAAAUUCUGCAUUGAUGCCAGCCAGCCAGAUGUGGGCAAUUGGCUAAAAUUUAUAAAGUUUGCCGGGUACUGCAAUCAAGCGAAUCUAGUCGCCUGCCAGCUAAAUGACCAGAUAUUUUACAGAGCUGUAGCUGAUAUUGAGCCAGGAGAAGAACUCCUUUUGUUCAUGAAGAGUGAAGAUUAUACCUAUGCAAGAAUGGCUCCAGAUAUCCAUGAGGAACGCCAGUAUCGCUGUGAAGAGUGUGAUCAACUGUUUGAAUCCAAAACAGAGCUGAGUGAUCACCAGAAAUACCCCUGUGGUACACCCCACUCAGCCUUUUCACUAGUGGAGAACAGCUUUCCUGCAAGCCUAAAUGAUGACAGUGACCUCGGAGAGAUGCAGCACACCCAUGAGUGCAAAGAAUGUGAUCAAGUCUUUCCAGACAUGCAAAGCCUGGAAAAGCACUUGCUGUCCCAUACAGAGGAGAGAGAGUACAAAUGUGAUCAGUGUCCCAAGGCUUUUAACUGGAAGUCCAACCUUAUUCGUCAUCAGAUGUCACAUGAUACGGGAAAGCACUAUGAAUGCGAGAACUGUUCCAAGCAGGUUUUCACGGAUCCUAGCAACCUCCAAAGGCACAUUAGGUCCCAGCAUGUUGGAGCCCGUGCACAUGCUUGCUCUGAGUGCGGAAAAACCUUUGCUACAUCAUCAGGUCUCAAACAACACAAGCACAUCCACAGCAGUGUCAAGCCCUUUGUAUGUGAAGUCUGCCAUAAGUCAUAUACUCAGUUUUCCAAUCUCUGUCGGCAUAAGCGCAUGCACGCUGACUGCAGGACUCAGAUCAAAUGCAAAGACUGUGGCCAAAUGUUCAGCACCACAUCAUCACUUAAUAAGCACAGGAGGUUUUGCGAGGGGAAAAAUCAUUUUGCUGCAGGAGGAUUGUUUGGGCAAGGCAUUUCUCUUCCUGGAACCCCAGCCAUGGACAAAGCUUCUAUGAUUGGUAUAAACCAUGCAAAUGCUGGGCUUGCGGACUAUUUUGGUGCUAGUCGGCAUACUGCUGGUCUUACAUUCCCAACAGCUCCUGGAUUUCCUUUCAGUUUUCCUGGUCUGUUUCCAUCAAGUCUUUACCACAGACCCCCUUUGAUACCUGCUGCUUCUCCGGUGAAAGGGCUUCCAAGUGUUGAACAGAGCAGAAAGAGUCAGAGUCCCCAUGUUAACCAGCCUCAGGUAUUACCAGCUACACAGGACAUUUUAAAAGCACUAAGUAAGCACCCAUCUAUAGAUGGAAAUAAGGCUCUGGAGUUCAUAUCAGACAGUAAUGUGAACCAGAGGCCUCAUGAAAAGGUAAGCGACCAUUCAGAGAGUAGUGACCUUGAUGAUGUCAGUACUCCGAGUGGGAGUGACUUGGAGACAACCUCUGGUUCUGACCUUGAAAGCGACAUUGAAAGUGAUAAAGAAAAACUAAAAGAAAAUGGGAAACUAUUUAAAGGCAAAAUUAGCCCUUUACAAAGCCUAGCUGCACUAAAUAGUAAAAGGGAAUACAAUAAUCAUUCUGUUUUUUCACCAUGCUUAGAGGAACAGACUGCCGUCACAGGGGCAGUGAACGACUCUAUUAAAGCUAUUGCUUCCAUUGCUGAGAAGUACUUUGGUUCAACAGGACUGGUAGGGUUGCCAGAUAAAAAAGGCACUUCAUUACCUUACCCUUCUAUGUUUCCCCUUCCAUUUUUCCCUGCUUUCUCUCAGUCAAUGUAUACAUUCCCUGACAGAGAUGUAAGACCAGUAACUUUAAAAGUGGAACCAGAAUCUCCAAAAGAAACUAAGAAAGUGCAAAAGGGGACAGCUGAAUCUCCCUUUGAUCUUACUACCAAACGGAAAGAGGAAAAGGCUAGCCCAAAUGCCCCCUCAAAAUCUGGUGCUCCUACAUCUUCAAACCAUGAUCAGCCUUUGGAUUUAAGCAUAAGCAGCAGAAGUCGAGCCUCUACCACAAAACAGACAGAAGCCAGAAAAAAUCAUAUCUUUGGUGAGAAAAAAGACAUUGACCCAGAGCUUCCAAAGACAUCUGAUCACUGCUUACAACAUCCAAGACCUGCACCAUUCUUCAUGGAUCCUAUUUACAGGUACCGGGUAGAAAAAAGAAAACAAUUGGAUCCUCUGGAAUUGCUAAAGGAAAAAUAUUUAAGGCCGUCUCCAGGGUUCUUAUUUCACCCGCAGUUCCCUCUGCCAGACCAGCGAACUUGGAUGUCAGCAAUAGAAAACAUGGCGGAAAAACUGGAGAGUUUCAAUGCCCUUAAACCAGAAGCCAAUGAACUUAUACAGUCUGUUCCUUCUAUGUUUAAUUUCCGACCCUCUUCAAGUGCCCUACCUGAGAAUCUUCUUCGGAAGGGAAAAGAGCGCUAUACCUGCAGGUACUGUGGGAAGAUUUUUCCAAGAUCUGCAAACCUUACUCGGCAUCUACGGACUCACACUGGAGAGCAGCCUUAUCGAUGCAAAUACUGUGAUCGUUCCUUUAGUAUAUCUUCAAACUUGCAAAGGCACGUCCGCAACAUCCACAACAAGGAAAAACCAUUUAAAUGUCACCUGUGCGACAGAUGUUUUGGCCAACAAACCAACUUGGACAGGCAUUUAAAAAAGCAUGAGAAUGGAAACUUAUCUGGUACUGCUGCAUCUUCUCCCCAUUCAGAAAUAGAAGGCACAGGUGCAAUCUUAGAUGACAAAGAGGAUUCUUACUUUAAUGAAAUACGAAAUUUUAUAGGGAACAGCGGCCACAAUAAGCAGUCCCCUUUAAAUUCCGAUGAAAGAAUAAAUGGCAACCACGACAAAAUUAUGCUCACUGGUCAGAAUUCAGACUUAUUGGAUGAUGAUGAAAUAGAAGAUGAAGCAAUCCUUGAUGAAGAUGAUGAAGAAAGUGACAUUGCUGUAAAAGUGAUGAAGGAACCCAAUGCAAGUGCCAUGCUUGAAAAAUGUUCUGCUGAUGAAUAUGAAGAAGGAAGUAAAUCUGAAGUGAACUGCAAAGUUUCACCCAGCAGGUAUGAUGAUGACGAUGAUGAUGAAGAAGAAGAUUUCAAGACAAGUCUCUCUGCAUUGGAUCAUAUAAGGCACUUCACAGACAGUCUCAAAAUGCGGAAAAUGGAUGACGGACAGUUUAAUGAUGGGGAACUCUCUGCUUUCACUGCUUCUCAUCUGACAGAUGACCUAAAGCAUCCAUUGUACAGAAAAUCUAAAUCACAGGCAUAUGCAAUGAUGCUGUCUCUGUCUGAUCAGGAAUCCCUCCAUCCUACUACUCAUACUUCCUCCAGCAUGUGGCACAACUUAGCCAGAGCAGCUGCCGAAUCCACUGCACUCCACUCCGUGAGUCACGUAUGACAUUUAUCACAUGCCACCAAACAGGACAAAGUCCAGCAAGUAGCAUGUCUCUUUCGUAAAUGACUAUUUAAAGAAGAAAAAAAAAAGACUGCGGAGCAGGAUGCCUUAUUACCCUGCAGGGUCACAUGGAAAAGGCUUGUGACCUUAAAUGGAAUAAUUUUGAAACAGAAACUAUUUAUUGUCAUUGUAUUUUUUUUUUGUUUUGCACAGCAAAGGCAGCUGCUGAUUUCUGGAGCAACAAAGAGCAAAAAUAAAUUAAAAAAAAAAACAAAAAAACUAUUGACUUUGGUGGGCAAGUAGUCUUCCGGGUAAAAUUGUGUUAAACCGACAUAAAGCACUCAAAUUAAAAAAAAAAAAAAUUAGAAUACAAUUUUUUUUGUACACAGUAAUUUACCAGUUGCUUCAACAUAGACGAUUUCUAUAACACAGCUUUGUGUACUGAAACACUUUGAAGACAGACGUAGUUAUUUACACACGUACAUUAUCACUCAAUGUAGAAGUGAAACAGGGAAUCAUUUGUUCUUUCCUUAAUGAUGUCUGACUUGCCUUGUGAAGCCCAGAAGGAAUUAUGUGUAUAUUGUGAGUCUUGCAAUGUCCAGUGCUCAGCCAGAGGUGAAGUCUUUAAAGGGCCAUUGGAAUCACUGAUACCACUAAUAUGUCUUACAGUUCAAUGUUUGCCAAAUCAGUGUGUUGAUGUUAUAAUUUUAGACAAUCAUGUCAGUGUUUUGACUUUUUCUUUUUUGGGGGAUUUGUCCUUUGUAAUUUUUUGUUCUCUUGUAUUUAUUUCUUUUUGUUGUUGUUGUAUUUGUUGAAUUUAUUACAGCACUAUUUCAUUUCUCCACUUGUAAUUGUAAUACGCACUCAGUGAUUGCCCAGAUUGUUGGCAAAUAAUCAUUCUUAUCAUUAUUGUAUUUCCCAUUCCUUAACAUUCCUUUUCUGUGACCAUAGCUUUCUGUGGUGUGCUUUGCAUAAGGCACAAGUUACAUUUUGCAACUUUGUUGCAACUUCUGCCCUCUGGCACAUGUGCUACAUGGUAUAAUCAAACCAGUGAAGACGCACCAUACCUGCCAGCAUUCCUAAUUCAAUCUGGACUUAAUUGCCCACCACACUGACAAUGCUCAGUGCGCCAUCCUAUCCCCAUUUCCUGCUAGGGAACCAACCUCUGUUUUUGUCACUGUGUAACCUGGGGACAGUUGGCAGGUUAUAAACACCUCAUAAAAGUACUGAUUUUUGUUGUUUUGUAAUAUAAUCAUUUGUUCUCCUGUACAAAUUGCUAUUAUUUCUUUCAUGAAGGCAUGAUUCUUCUAAUUAAAUCUGUACCCAAUACUUUAUGCUGUUCGUCUGCAAGCUCGUGUGAUGUUAUGUUUAUUUGUAAAAUGUUGCGUUCCGAACCUGUUUAUAAGAUGAAAGUGUAUUCACUUAUUUUUUAACUUCCAUUGAGGGACCAAAUAAUUUUUUUUGGUAAUCUCAUUUCUAAAUAAUUGGCAACAUGAGGUACUUUCUUUGAUUGCUUUGUAUAACUGUAAUUGUUAUGCAUUUAAAUACAUUAUUUUGGGAGGAGCAAGUACAUGAAAAUAAAGAACUACAAUGUUGAAGGACAA